GAAUUUGAUAGUUCUAUGAAGUUCUUGUCCACUGAGAUGAUACGUGAGUGCCUGAAUGUCUGUGUUAACGUGGGCGUUGAAAAAGAGAGGUCAUCUACCUCGAUAUGUCCACCUCAUUUGCCGAUGCGGGGCAUGAAGCAAUGAGCUUGUAUGCACGAUUCAUUUGUACUUUCGCAGGGAGUAUAAAUGUAGUCCGAACGUACUGAUUUCAGGUAACAAUAAUUCUUCCCCCUAUCUGUGAGAUCUCUUGGACUACUACGGAGCAGUGUACAGCAUGCCUGACCAAGGCUCAGUAUUUGAUUACAUCGUCGUUGGAGGAGGCACCGCAGGAGUGGCUAUUGCAUCCCGUCUGAGCAAGUAUCUUCCUAAUUGCAAGAUUGCAUUGUUCGAGUCCGGUCCAGAUGCCACUCAUCACCCUAAAGUCAAUGAUCCCAACCUUUGGCCCUCUCUCAUUCAAGAAGGUCUUCUCGUUGAUUAUCAAACAACGCCUCAAGUCCACCUUGACGACCGAGUCGUCCCAGCUAAUCUAGCAGGCCGUCUGCUUUCUGGAUCUAGUGGUACUAAUGUGGGUGUAUGGAUGAGAGCCUCGAGGACAGACUAUGAUGUCAUCGCCAAAGCGGCCGGACAUUCCAGAUUCACGUUCGAAAAGUUGCUACCUUACUUCAAGAGACUUGAAAAUCACUGGGACGUGAAUGCUGGUUCGAAGUAUCACGGCUUUAGUGGUCCCUUUCGUACGGUUGGUGGGCGAGAAUACCCUCUGAGGCAGCCAAUAUUGCAGAGUGCGGAAAGACUUGGGAUUCCAUACAAUCCUGACUCUGCCAAUGGCGACCCAACUGGAGUCAGCGACUUGACUCAAAAUUUUCGUAUUAUUUCGCCCUCGAAGUCCGAACGGCAACAGAGUGCGAAGGUCUAUGAUCUUACGAGAGUGCACGUCGAGUGCGAUAGUCCAGUUGCUCGGAUCAUCGUCGAUACAACGGGUACUGCAAAGGGACUCGAAUUGGUUUCUGGGCAGAAAUUCCACUCCAGAAGAGAGGUCAUCAUCAGCUGUGGAGCCCAUAAAACACCUCAAAUUCUUCUUCUAUCUGGAAUUGGUCCUAGAGAAGAAUUGGAGAAGCAUAGAAUCCCACAAAUACUAAACUCGCCAGCUGUCGGGCAAAAUCUACACGACCACUCUCAGCUUACCUUAUUCUUCAAGCUCAGAGAUCCUAAAAAGGGGCAAGCUUUACCAUUCAAUGGUACAAUGAAACCUGAGUUUGGGCACGGCACUCCUUGGGAGUUUAACAUAUUUUCACAUAUACCUGCCUCUGAACUUUCGCCAAUUCUUACCUCCGAUGGCCUUCCUGGGGUAGCUGACGAAACACAUUCUUUGUUGGGAAACAAAAGAUGCCAUACAAUGACCAUGCCGAUUUACUUCCCCAUCCAAGCAAAUCCCCUAGCCAACCCUGACAUUGGUAUUAUGGCCGGAACACAUGUCUCAUUUGUUGCUUUACAUCUCCUGCCAGUCUCACGCGGGACCAUCGCGCUCAAAUCCGCCAAUCCAAAAGACGAACCUAUCAUAGAUCCAAAGUUCAUGUCUACGAACACAGAUCGCUACAUAAUACGCCGGGCAAUACGAGACGUUCUACGGCUUGUUGAGACCGAACCACUCGCUUCAGAACUGGACGGCGAAGCACCGCCGCUUGAUCAUGGACACCCAGCGCUGACAAGUAAAAGCACGGAUGGGGAGAUCGAUGCAAGGGUUCGUCGGUAUGUGAGUACCAUUUCGCAUCCGAUGGGGACAUGUGCAUUGGGGAAGGUGCUGGACACUGAGUUUCGUGUGAAAGGUGUAAAGGGUUUGAGGGUUUGUGAUGCGAGUGUCUUUCCGGAACCUCUCGGGGCAAUGCCGAUGCAGACUAUCUACGCGUUGGCAGAACUGUGUGCAGAUUUGAUUGCUGGCCAGGCUGAAACUUGAGGUUCUUAGAUUAUCAAAGGAAAUCAGAAGACAUCGUAGCUGUCAAUAUAACUACUGAUUUAGCUUCCGCCAUCAAAGCCACAACUUCGAGUUUAGACAGCUUGAUGUA